CUCAGUGUUCAUCCAUUUCAUACAAGAAUGACGACCAAGUAUUUGACAUUAAGAGCUUCUACUAAAACCCUCGUCCAACUUCUUCAACCUUCUGUUCAACAUUCUGGGCCGGUUUCUCAAUUCAUUAGAAGCUUUCAUUCAUUCGUUUCCCGAGAAUUUGAUGCUCGAAGAUUUCAGAACUCUUAUCCUGGAAGUUGCAGGGGCAUGGUCUGUGCUCCAAAUUACAAUCUCGAUGAAGCUGGUGCUGCUGCGCUCGCCCGUGAUGAUCCUGUUCCAGCUACUGUGAUAACAGGUUUUCUUGGUUCUGGAAAGACGACUCUCCUAAAUCACAUUCUGACGUCCCAACAUGGCAAACGGAUAGCUGUCAUUGAAAACGAGUUUGGUGAGGUGGAUAUUGACGGAUCAUUGGUCGCUAGUCAUUCUUCCGUGAGUGAAGACAUUGUCAUGGUUAAUAAUGGCUGGGCCAUGCUGCACU